AUGCCUGACGAAGUGCUUGAUGAUAUUUCUCAUCGUCGAUACAACCCGUUGACUGGGUCCUGGCUUUUGGUGUCUCCUCAUCGUACCAAGCGUCCCUGGCAAGGUCAGCAAGAGGCCCCUUCAAAGAAUGAAUUGCCCGAGUAUGAUCCCAAGUGUUAUCUGUGCCCGGGAAAUAAGCGAGCCGAAGGGGAUAGCAAUCCUAAGUACUCCGGCACAUUUGCAUUCGUCAAUGACUACAGUGCGGUCAGAGAAGAGCAGCAAGAAUACACUCUUGAGGAGACCGGCGAUGAUGUCGCUUCACUCUUGCUCAAGGCCCAACCAGUUACGGGGAAGUGCUAUGUCUUGACUUUCUCACCCAAACACCAUCUCACCCUUGCCGACAUGGCUCCAGAAGAAAUCCUGCCAGUCAUCGAGACCUGGACACGCAUUUAUGCCAGCCAUCUAUCGCCAUCACAUCCCCUUUGUGAGCAGGCAAAGCAGGCCCUGGCAAGUAUCCCGACCACUCCUGAUGCUGAGGUGACCCCGCCGAAGCACCAGCUUAGAUACAUGCAGAUUUUUGAGAAUAAGGGUGCUGCCAUGGGUUGUUCUAACCCACAUCCUCACUGCCAAAUUUGGACGACAAGCACGAUGCCUGAGGAGCCAGGCAAAGAGCUGGUUCAGAUGGCUAAAUACCGAAAGGAACAUGGGCGACAUUUACUGGAGGACUACGCCACGCUCGAGGUAAAGAAGCAGGAGCGGGUAGUUUGGCAAAACGACAGCUUUGUCGUUGUCUGCCCUUGGUGGGCUGUUUGGCCGUUUGAAGUGCUCAUCAUUGCCAAGAGGCAUGUCCGCGCUCUUGUUGAAUUUACUGAGAAGGAAAGGUUUCAGUUCGCCGAGGCCAUUCAAGAGGUCACAAGGCGUUACGACAACCUUUUCGAGACGAACUUUCCUUACAGCUCCGGAAUCCACCAAGCACCGCUGGAUUCCAAUGAGGAAGAAGCGGAGGCCAGCUGGUUCCAUAUGCAUUUCUACCCUCCUCUUCUCCGGUCAGCGACAGUGCGGAAGUUUCUCGUUGGAUACGAGCUUAUGGCCGAACCUCAGCGUGACAUAACCCCAGAGCAGGCAGCUGCCCGCCUAAGGGGUUGCAGCGGGCCUUUGUACCGUGUCACAUUGAACUAA